AUUAUGCAGAACCAAAAUUUAGAACACGUAUCCUUGUCGUCUGCCCGAAUACGUAUACUUGUGAUUCUAGUGACAGACAGAAGAAGUGUCAUUUGAGUAGACACUCAAGACAAGUUGACGCUUUUUCAAAACCACUCGAGCGAAGUUUCGUAUCAGGUUUCUUCUUAUAGUGCUAGGUUUAUUAGCUCGGCCACUUGACCGUAAACAAAGCUGACAAAUUCUGUAAACUCGCCAUGGAUGUUGAGGCCGCUGAGCUCCAGGACUGGGAAGUUGUCUUACCCGACCCGAUUUCGGCUGAUUCGGGUUUAGGUGAUUCUGAUAAGAGCCCAAAGGCUUUUGAAGAAAUUGGAGCCGACUCUGUAGGUACUGUUCAUGCCAAUUACUUCUCUUUAGGUACUAGGGAGAGUUAUAUGGGCAGUGUUGCUGAUGUCAAUGUGAGCGAGGCGGGUUCCGAGGCCUCUGACAGUCCGAGCUGGAUUGAUCCCGGGUCAGAGGCGGGAUACCCGAGGAAGGAAUCCGGAGAGUCUUGGCCCGACUCGGGCAGUGACGGGUCGGAGGAUCGGGCGUUUGAGGGUAAAGGAGAAAUGGGAGUUCUCCCGAAAGAACUGGUUCGAGAGCGUUUUGAUGGGAUCCAGGAGAUAAGAUGUGGGUGCGGGAAGAACGAAUCUGGUGAUGGAUUGAAGAUUGAGCAGUUUGAAGAGUCCCCCGGAAUUGAAGGAGAUGCAGAUUUGGUACAGAGAUCUGCGGGAAAAAAGAAAGAAUCUGAAGCUGUGGAAAGUGCGCGGAAGAAACCAGAUGAAGUAAAGAGGAUUAGAAGUGUGGUGUGGUGGAAGAUACCUUUUGAUUUUCUCAAGUAUGGCGUUGUGUUCAGGUCUAGUCCUAUCUGGAACUUCUCGGUGGCUGCUGCUGCUGCUUUAGGCCUUGUUUUUUUGGGCCAAAGGUUGAUGCAUAAGAUGAUGAUGCAUAAGAAGAAGAAAGUCAAGAACUUGGAGCUGAAUAUCACUGUGGAUGACAAGAAGGUGUCUCAGUUCAUGAGCGGUGCCUCACGUCUUAAUGAAGCAUUUUCCAUGGUGAAGCGGGUGCCUGUGAUCCGAUCUCAGUUGCCGGCAGCUGCAGUUAUUCCAUGGCCUGUAAUAGCUUUGGUAUAGGAUGUAAAAACGUUUCAGGAAAACAUGGUUAAUAUCAUUCUCUAAGUUUGUAUUUUGUGCUUUUGUAUAAUAUACUCCUUGUACACAUGAAUCAACUUCAGUGGAAACAUCAGCAGACUUUUGUACAGUUCGAAUGCUACUCCGUAUUUUACACGGAGUACUACUCACUAUCUGCUCUUGUUCUCAACAGAGUUUAGUGCUCCCACUAAUUAGCUACUGUAAUGAGGUGAAGUUAAAUCAAUAAAAUCCCGUGCAAAAUGUUUGUGGCAUCUUACACUGUCCA